AGAAAAUUGUGUUUGACAUAUACUAUAGUCCAAGAAAAGAGAAGAUUUCUGCAAAGAAGAAUUUUCAAUCAGGAGACAUCUUAGAAAACCAACAUGGCUAAGAACAAGAAGCAGCGAGGCAGGAAGAAGUUCGACUACUCCAAGAACAGGAAACGGCAGUGGAAGAAGUCCAAGAAGAAGGUGAAGAUCGGACACCGCGGCGUGGAGGCGGCCUGGGACGACCGCAAGUCUGUCAGUCAGAACCUGAGCGACAUGGGGCUGUCACACAACGUCAACAAGACUAUUCCAUUCCCUAAGACCAGGGACAUCAUGCCCAAUGUCUACCAGGAUGAAGGGAUGGAAGUGGACGUUUCUCCUCCCAAAAAGACAAAGAAAGCGAAGAAGCUCCACGUGAUGAAACAGCUGGAAGAGGAAGCGAGCACUCUGCAGGAGGGCACACCGCGUCUGUCCUCCGAGAUGGUUCGCUACUGCACGUACAUGAUGGACAAGUACGGCGAGGAUUACGUCGCCAUGGCGCGGGACGUGAAGAAUUACUACCAGGACACGCCCAAACAGAUCCGCAGGAAGAUCCUGAGGUUCAAGUCCAUCCCUGAACACUACCAGGAAUAUCUCCAGCAAAAGGAAACGGCAAUGACUUCAUUGAAAGGACUAUCUUAAAUUUUUUAUUCACAUUUAUUUUUAGAGGAUUAGAGGAUAGGACAAAAAGUAUAGCUUACUUGUUGAGGCCGUCUCCUCUGCACACCUUCAGAUGAAUGUAACAUCAACAAAAAACAGGAAACAAGGUACAAAUAACAAUAAAGAGAAAACAAAGAAGUACAAAAUCUUGAGGGUUAUACCAUUAAGAAGAGUCAGUUAAUUGACUUCUUUCUCAUUACUCAAUCUACACUACAUGUUAUGAUAAGAAUUCCUAUUGUAUCAUUAAGGAUUUAUAGAAUUUUCACACAGAUGACAAUAAUAACAAUUUGCAUGCAGUAUUUUGUGUAGCAACAUGUUUGUAAGUUACAUACUGAUCAGGAAUACCGAAAAAUUAUAGAACCAAGGAUAAGAUUGUAGGUAUUUUCCUAAAUUAAGAUAUGAUUCUAGAGAGUAUACAGGGGAGAUUCUGAUACAUUAAACAUCGGCACUGCAAGUUUUAAUUUGUCAGUCAUCGCUUCUGUUUAGUCUACCAUGUUUUCCACCUAUAUAUGUCCGGUUUAUGUUUUAUUGAACAAAACAAAAAUUUGAAUAUCGGGAGAGAAAAAGUGGUAUUAC